AGCAGAAGACUCUAAUAGGUUAAAUAGCACUUCCUGAACGUUCUCAUAAGGCGACGGAAGUAGUUGUUGAAACAAGGUAGGCGGUGCCUGAGGCAUCCAAUGACAAGCGGCUCCUUGAGAAGGCGGGGGGGGUACUUCUUGAAAGCAUUGUCCAAUGAAAAUUACCAACGGCAGACACCGAGACAGCGCCGGGGCGGUGGGUACGAUGGAGAAUUUCACGGCACUGUUUGGGGCUCAGGCUGACCCACCACCGCCCCCAACCGCACUCGGCUUCGGACCAGGAAAGCCUCCACCCCCGCCACCGCCUCCUGCGGGCGGGGGACCCGGCACGGCCCCGCCUCCCGCCGCGGCCACGGCCCCUCCUGGCGCGGACAAGUCAGGAGCUGGCUGUGGCCCUUUUUACCUCAUGAGGGAACUGCCAGGUAGCACAGAGCUGACAGGCAGCACGAAUCUGAUCACACACUACAACUUGGAACAAGCCUAUAAUAAAUUCUGUGGGAAGAAGGUGAAGGAGAAGCUAAGUAACUUCCUGCCUGACCUGCCAGGGAUGAUUGAUCUGCCUGGUUCCCAUGAUAACAGCAGCCUCCGCUCUCUCAUUGAGAAGCCCCCUAUUCUCAGUAGCUCUUUUAAUCCUAUCACAGGGACCAUGCUGGCCGGCUUCCGCCUCCACACUGGCCCGUUGCCGGAGCAGUGUCGUCUGAUGCAUAUUCAGCCUCCCAAGAAGAAGAAUAAGCACAAGCACAAACAGAGCCGUACCCAGGAUCCUGUCCCCCCAGAAACACCAUCUGAUUCAGAUCACAAGAAGAAGAAAAAGAAAAAAGAAGAGGAUCCUGAACGGAAAAGGAAGAAGAAAGAGAAGAAGAAAAAGAAGAAUCGACAUAGUCCAGACCACCCAGGUAUGGGCAGCUCCCAGGCCAGCAGCAGCAGCAGCCUACGCUAACAGGACCACUGGACUCUGCCAGGAUGGCUUUUCCUGCUGUACUGAACCUGCUGAUAAAAGCUGCCUUCCAGGCUCUUGGACACUGCCUUGGGAGCAUCCUGCAGCUGGGACAGAGGCCAGCUCCUGUUAGGCUCAGUUGAGACUAAGUAAAUUAGGAGAGAGAGGGACAUGCUUUUGUAGGCUCAUCCCAGUUGGUUUUCUCAUGGACAUCUCUUCCUCUCCGAGGAAGCUUACAAUUUUCUUCUGUUUUGUGCAAUUUGUCUGAUUUAGGACUUGUUCUGUGUUUUCUUUAAAAAAAAAAAAAUUACAUUUAUCAAACUG